AUGACUGAACAAAUGGAGGACGUAGAAUUCAAUAAUGUAUCGGAAAUCGACAUUCUUAAGAAAAGGAAUGAUGAAUUAAAUGAAACACUAAAAACAAAAGAAUCGGAAAUUCAAAAACUUAUGGAAACCAAUAAUGAGUUAAUAUCGGAACUCGAAAAUAAUAAUCAAAAACAUGUGGAACUUGCAGAAAACAAGAAAUUGAACGAAGAAAUAUCUGAGCUAAGUAUUGAUUAUAAUAAAUUAUGGCAGGAAAACCAGAAUUUAGAGAAUUAUAAUCAAAAACUUCUUAGAGAAAAAACUGAGCUAAAAAAUGAUUAUGAUGCUUUAUGGGACACGAAAACGACACUUAUGGAAGAAAAAAAAGUUCUAGAAAAGGAAAAUUCCAAAUGUAAAAUGCUUCAGAAAAGCAAAGAAGCUCUCGAAAAACAACUUCGAGAUCUCAAUAAAAAUCUAAAUGACUACAAAAAGCAUACUAAUAAUCUGGAGCAAUCGAUUACACAACUUAAAGAAGAAAGAGAUAAUUAUUUAGCUAAACUCACCAAUUUAAGUAAUAUGUAUGGACAAAAGGAGCGGCAAAUUAAAGAAUUAAAGGAUGAGGCAUCUAAAUACCAAUUAGCACUUGGAAAUGCAACAACUUUUCGCUUAAAUGACGAUGAUAAAAAUAAUACGGUGCAAUUAAAUGUUGAUAUCGAAAGUUUGCAAGAUAAGAUUUCGGACUACGUAACUCAUUUGAAAGGAAGUAUUAAUCUCGAUUAUGGUGCAAUAAAUAGACUUUUAGAAAGAUAUGGGUCUAAAACACAAAUCAAUCAUCAAACUCCAAAUAAACCUUUAAUCAAAGCGGUCUUACAGCGACAUGUUUUAGAGAAAAUUUUAAACUUUGCAAAUGAAUACUUUAAUAAAAAUGAAAUUGACACCUCAACAUAUUGUCUCGAGUCUGAAAUUGUUUAUAAAACAAAGGAUUUGAUCGAAUCCGUUAAUAGGUUGUCAUAUGAACGUUUUGGAUCAGAUCACGUAACUCAAGCAGCUCCGAUAAAAUUGCGUCAGCAAAUUUAUGCUGUACUUGGUCAUCGCGGAUUCUCUGAUACGCAUGAAAAUGGGUUACAUCCUUUCCUUAAACAAUGCCAAAAUGCACUUAAUCAUUCGAUAAAUCGAUAUCGUUCAUUUAAAGAUCCCGAUAAAACUACUUCUAUUGAAGAGAAAGCUGUCGAAUUAGUUAGUGAUGUUAUUAGGCUAUUCUAUUUCCGUUUCAAAGUUCAAGAGCCAAUAAUCCAUUAUUAUUGGUUUAAAUAUGGUGAGAAGGUACAUAAAAUAUACAUGAAUGCACAGUGUGAAGAGGAUGUAGACGACGUUUUAGUUGACAUUUGUUCUUUUCCACUAAUCGGAAAAGAUUUAAAUGAUCCUUCUAAACGCAAGAUAUUCACUCAAGCUAAAGUUUAUUCCCGAGUUGAACCAAAAAAACAGACUUUAGCAACUAUUAUUAAAAAUAAAGUUUGUAAUGCAAUUAUUGGAGAACCACCAAAAGCCAUGAAUAAUGGCCAACAAUUUCAAGAUACCUCUACGCAAACGAAACAUGAUCAUAAAAAAGCUAAAUUAGAGGCAGAUUAUCCCGCUUCCUCUAUAACUGAGACCGAAGUUACUGAAGUUCCUUCUAAAACAGAAGGUACUAAUACUGAGUCUUCUAAAAUUGAAGCUUCUGCUUCUUCUAAACUUGGUUUACCUAAAACUGAUGAUACUUCCAUAAAUGACAAGGAUAAAAAUUCUUCUAAUGAUUCUUCUAAAACCAAUAACAAUGAUGAAACUAAAGUUAACAAGACUAACGGUUCUCCUGAUAAUUAUUCUGAAACUGGCAAGACUGUCGAUUCUUCUAAAUCUGAUAUAACCAACGAUUCUUCAAAGACUAAUAAAACUAAUGAUUCUUCCGAAACUAAUAAAACUAAUGUUUCAUCUAAGCCUGGAAAUGAUGAUUCUUCCGAAAUUAAUAAAACUGAUGAUUCUUCCGAAACUAAUAAAACUAAUGUUUCAUCUAAGCCUGGAAAUGAUGAUUCUUCCGAAACUAAUAAAACUGAUGUUUCUUCCGAAACAAAUAAAAACGAUGAUUCUUCCGAAACCGAUAAAACUGAUGAUUCUUCCAACACUAAUAAAACUGAUGAUUCAUCAUCCAAACUUGGAAAUGACGAUUCUUCCAAAACUGAAGAUUCUUCUGAAACUAAUAAAACGGAAGAUUCUUCUGAAACUAAUAAAACGGAAGAUUCUUCUGAAACUAAUAAAACGGAAGAUUCUUCUGAAACUGACAAGUCUAAUGAUUCGUUUGAACCUGAUAAAAUUGGUGCUUUUUCUAAAAUCAACGACGUUUCUAGCACAGACGAGACUAACAAUUCUUCUAAAAAUAACAAUGAUAAAAAUGAUAACUCUCCUGAUAACAAGAUUUAA